AACGACACUCGUCCUCUUGGCUCCGUGCGUGAUCCCAAUUCCCAACUUCUUCCCAAGCACACAGCCCGAAUCGACCAUGAACCCAACCACCGCUCCGGCCCACUCUCUCUCUCUCUCUCACCUUCCUCUUAGUCUCAUCCAUGGCCGGCGCGCUCACGCCCACACUCUCUUCCUCAUCCAGUUGGACGCGUCUCUCCAGAGCCACCUCAGCCAGAAUCGCCUCGAAGCUCCGGGCGUCCCCAACCGUCACCGCCAUGUCCUCCGCCGCCGCGACGAAGGUGGUCCCGGCCGUGAUCGUCGGUGGGGGCCGCGUGGGGAGGGCGCUGCAGGAGAUGGGGAGCGGGGGCGACGUGCUGGUGAGGCGAGGGGAGCCCGUGCCCUCCGAUUUCGAGGGCCCGAUUCUGGUGUGCACCAGGAACGACGAUCUCGAGGCCGUCCUCGACACCACCCCGUCUUCGCGCUGGAGAGAUUUGGUGUUUUUCCAGAAUGGGAUGCUGGAGCCAUGGCUUAAAAGCAAAGGUUUAAGUGAUGCCGACCAAGUAUUGGCGUACUUUGCGGUGUCAAAGUUAGGAGAACCGCCUCUUGAUGGAAAGACAGAUACGAAUCCUGAAGGACUGACCGCUGCAUACGGGAAGUGGGCUUCAGCAGUUGCUGGAAGGUUACAAGCUGGAGGUCUGUCUUGCAAGGUCCUGGACAAAGAAGCAUUUCAGAAGCAGAUGUUAGAGAAGCUCAUAUGGAUUUCAGCAUUCAUGCUUGUUGGAGCUCGCCAUCCCGGUGCUACUGUAGGUGUUGUGGAGAAGGAAUUUCGUUCCGAAGUAGAAAGCCUUAUCAAAGAACUUGCAUCUGCUGCUGCAGCUGAAAAGGGCAUAGUAUUUGACGAAUGCAUGGAGGACAGAUUAUGUGCUUACUCACGAGCCGUGGCACACUUCCCAACAGCAGUGAAAGAGUUCAAAUGGCGUAAUGGUUGGUUCUACUCUCUGUCGGAGAAGGCAAUUGCAGAAGGGAAACCUGAUCCCUGCCCCCUACAUACUGCUUGGCUCAAAGAAAUAAAAGUAAUCUAGACAUCAAUGAACUCAUUGUCAGAUUUCAUGGAAAUGGCUAUCAAUAUCCAUGACUAGGAGAGAGCGUCGGAGUAAUGAAAAUCCGGUUUUUGUACUCCAUCUUUAACCAGAAAGUAACAACACAUGCUUUAGCAGU